AUGCUAACGGAAAAGAUGAAAACGAAAAACAAAAAAACGUUAGUGAUACCUAAAAACGUGAUACUAGUCGAUAAAGAUGUUAAACGUCAAAUGUCGCAUUAUUGUUUAAGAAGUUUAUUAAUUUUCGGAAGAUGUUUAAAUAUUUUUCCGGUGGAAGGGUUAAUGAAUCAUAAUCCUGAAAAGCACAAGUUCAAGUUUGUUUCUAUUAAGAUGCUCUUAACGAUUUUGAUGUGUGUUGGAACCACCAUUUGUUGCUUACUUGCGUCUAUAAAGAGUUUUUCAGCCGCUAUGGUAAUGCAUCGUUUAAUAUCACCAUUGUUCUACUGUCACAUUGCCUGUACGAUUAUUUUAAACAUAACCAUAUCAAAAAAAUGGAACGAAUAUAUUUGUCAUAUCUACAUUGAAGAAUUAAAAUUUUUAAGGAAGUAUAAGCCGGAUUUGAAUUUAAAGACAAAAAUAGAUGCCAUACUUACUCUUACUAUUUGUUCUGUCAUACUUGAACAUACAUUCGCCAUAGCGAGUUUUAGCUUGUCUCAAGAUUGCCUCAAUAAAGCCACUGGUUUUGAGCAUUAUAUAAAAAAACAGUAUCAUUACAUUUAUGAUCAUGUUAACUAUAAUAUAUUUAAUGGAGCCACCUUAUUUCUGGACUACCGUAAUGAUUUGGAAUUUUGGAGAUCUGAUAAUCAUUUCAAUCAGCUUAGUUUAUACCAGCCGAUUUAA